UUUUAUACAUGUUAGGAUAUUUAUUAAAAAGUUAAUAAAUAAAGUUUAAUUAUUAUUAAUAAAUAGUUUUGCAAAAGAAAACAUUAAUAAAAAUCUGUGCGAAAUGAAAAUGUCAAACAAUAUGUCAAAUUAUAAUCGACGAAAGUAGAACGAAAGCAAGUGUCAUCAAUAUAAAAAAGAAAAUAUCUUUAAACAAUACACAUUUUUUGUUGUAUAAAACUGAUUAAAGUUAACAAUUUUUAAAAUAAAUUUAACAUUUUUCGCGUGCUUUAAAAGUCGAAAGAGUUUUGGACACUUGCAAUUUCUUUGAGUAGAACGAGUGCCAUAAAGUAAAAUGUAAGAAAAGUCAGUUCAGUGAAUUUUUGUGAAUAUUUUUGCAAACUUGUAAUAUUUUUUCCAAAUAUUUUAAAAAAGUAGAAAACUUUGAGUAAAAUAAUUAAAAAAUGUAAAAUUAAUAAUUUUGAUGUGGAAAGUAGUACACAAGGAUUCUAGCAUGCCAGUAACGAUUAUGGAUUGUGGCAACUAAUACUCGUAUUCACAAGGUUCUGAGAUACACAAAUACAAUAAUUUCUUCCAAAGGAUAUUUUUUGUGUAACGCCCUUAAAUAUUUUUUAAUUAAUAACGAGUUAAUAAAAAUGUUUUAUUUUGGCUUUGAAUAAAAAUAAUCCAGUAAAGUUUUUUAAAGACAGAGACUUUAAAGUUUAAAUAUUGUUCGCUAUUCUGUAAAAUAUUUAUUGCCUUGCCUCAUUUGUAUGUGAGCUGACUAAAAGCACAAUAAAAAAAUGGAUCAAUUUUCACAUGAUCUAACAGUGGCCUUGGAAGAAACUUCCUUACUAGAUCGUGCACGCGUUAGUCGUUGGGGCCAACAGAGAAGACGUACACGGUCAACUGGCAAUUUACCAUGUGCACCUCAACCCACAGAGGAUUCCAGCAGUCCUACGGAUAUAGCUCAUGGAACUACACAAAAUACACACCAUCCAACAAACACAAACAACAAUGAUGGACUUGAUACUCAAAACAUUCAUUUGCCGAGUGACUCUGAUGAAAAAGAUGAAGCGGGUGUACCACGUCUACCUUGCAAGGCAUUGAACCAAGCAUCAAUGCGCCUAAUGGGCACAUUAGAAUCUGAUUCUUUAAAUGAGACCUUUAGUCCAGCGAGAUUUUUCAAACCGAAUGCGCGCCGGAAGCGUAAAUUAAAACGAAUUACAAUGGACUAUGAAAUGAGUACAGGUGUAGAGCUACAAACUGAAUUAUUGGAGCCACCAACCACGUCAAACUGUUUAUCUCCUGGUGCUAGCGGUAGUGGAAAUAUUGAGGGUGGUACUGGUACUACUAUUGCUGGAUGCGCCGGUGGAAUAAUGCGCAAACGUGUUCUUAAGCCAGACCCGAACUCUCGUUCACAGCUUUUCUUUUGUGGCAAACGCAAGCGUUCGAAUCGUGAUCGUUAUCAUGAACACGAUCAUUCUUCAAGCAUGCCUCGACACAACAACCAUUUAGAUGAAUAUCGAAUGAGACCUCGUAGUUUUUCAUCGACUUCGAAACCUCAUAGCGAUCGUCUCUUGCCCUUGAAUAAAGGUUUAUUGUCAAAAAUUGAACGCAUCUCACAGCAACAGAAGACUGAAACUGCCACCACAAGCAGCGCAGCAUUGGAAUAUUUGGCGUCGUCAGGAUCGACAACGCAACAACAAGCCGAUGGUACAUCGUCAACCACUAUUGAGCAGGACACUGCUACUUCAUAUUGCAAUACGGAUGGAGAAACACAAAAUUCCAUAGGUAUGUUUGUGCCUUCUCCUUUAAUGGCAGCUGAUGAUAUAGCCGAAACUAUUGAAGAGUCAUCUUUGCCUCAAAUCAGUCAAUUUAACGCAUUGUCACAACAGCAGCAACAACAGUUGCAGCAGCAAGAGAAUAAUUUCCGUAAUCAUCGCAAAAAAAGUAGUGGUCAUCACAAUCGACGACGUCUUUUACAAUUUGCAGUUAACCAGCAUUCUAUGGAUUGUGAGGAAUUAAAUGAUUUUAGUUCUAGCUCUCUGAGUUCUUCAGAUUCCGAAGACAAUAAUGCUGCCAACGAUACGGAUCGAGAGGGUGACGACGAACUGACUGACUGGCCGGGUAACGAGAGCAUUUGCGGUGAAUUAAAAUAUGACAGCAAACGUAAGCUUACAAAACGAAAUACUCUACCACAAAUUAAAUCCGAUCCGGAAAGCGUGAAUUCCAUGUUAAUGGCUGAAGACGAUACCGUUAUGUCCAAUACUACUGCCGUUGGAGACAUUUCCUCCUUAAACUGGCCACCUUCAAGUGCCGCCGAAUAUCGCGAAGUUGUAGACUUACCAUUCCAAUCAUCCGAACCCAUAACUAUAGCCGCUAAAACGGGAUUUUCUUCUAUAUGCCGUGGUAAUGUGAAUAUUGCAGCUGACGAGCAUUUGAUUAUGCCACUGAAACAGAUCGAAAGUGAAAUGUCAGGUGAAACUUCUAAUCCAUUUCUCUCUUCACCACCCUGCCAACCGAACGAAGUUCGUGAAAUACGAGCCGGUUGUCGCCGUGUAAAAGGCGAACGGCCAGGCUUCAGCAUUAAGACAUCAGUAAAUGAACGAUUGGCACGAUUUCUUCAAGAUCCACGCCAGUUACAAAUUCGUCUGCCCGACAUUGAAAUCUACGAACACGAAAGUCUCAUCAAUCUGGCCACAUUGUAUUCAUUACAGAUGUCAUUGGACAAUGGUUGUGCAGUGCUUAACAAAACGAGCAAUACAACACAAUCCGUUAAUAUCGAUCAGCAAAGUCUUCAGAGUCGUCUAUUAUUGAGUGAUUUUAAAAGACGCUGUUAUGACAGUAAAGGCAGUGAACUAUUACAUAAAUAAAAUAUGAAUUAUGAAGCUUAGCUCCCAUCACCAUGCCUCCAAUCAUUGACUACCACUCUUAACUUAUCUAUACAUAUGUAUGUAUAUGUACAUAUUUUAUGUAUGUAACUAUGUAUGUAUAUUAAACAAUAUUAUUGUAUGUAUAUGAUUUUAAUCUUUUAGCAUCUUAAAUCAUUUCGAAAAUACAAUUUAACUUUCUAAUAAAUUAAUUUAUAUUUAAAUGUAUGUGCACCCUAUGUCUUAGUAAUAUAUGUUAAUAAUUAUAAUAAUUACCACAAUUAUUCUUGCAAAAA